AUGCGUAAAACAUUUGAUGAUGCGCAUGACAAGACGUUUCUCUUUAUUGUCGCGCCCACAUACCUGGGUCCAGCUCCAGCCGCGUCCCCCGGGCUGCAUCCACGCCUCAAACCAAGCGCCCAGCGCAUCCCAGCCCGCCACGCCGAGCUCGCGCGGGAGCGAACCACCGUUCGGCUGUCUGAGGUGGAAGCCCCGCCCCUCGAGCCCCGGCAGGAAGCGGAAGCGGCGUCAUACGCCCGCCGGGGUCUCUUCCGCUGCGUCCUCCGUGUUGCGUUUAGCGCAUCGGGAUGGAAAAGAAUUUCUGCUGUUGGGAGUGACCCAGACUCCGCCCCGCGUCCUCGUUUCCUCCGGGACCUGACCGGCAAAUUUCAUCACUCUCCCAGGAUGGCAGCCAUUGAUCUGACCCAUGAUCUUUCUAGAGGUCCUUUUUCUCUUCCUGAGGAAAAUACAGAGGCAGAAAGGAUGGUGGCUGUCUGGCUGAAAAAUUAUCAACAGAUUGCAGUGACCUUCAAGGAUGUGGCAGUGGACUUCACCCAGGAGGAGUGGCUAUUAUUGGACCUCACUCAGAGAAACCUAUACAGAAACGUGAUGCUGGAGAACUACCAGAACCUGGUCGCAGUAGAAAUACAGUUCUGGAUUCAUCAGAGGCUGUGUCAUCUCUUGCAUGAGGCUCUCCUGUUAAUGUACCUUUUCCUGUGGACAGAAUAUCAGCUGUCGAAACCUAAGCUUAUCGCUUGGUUGGAACAACAAGAGCUGAGGACAGUGGAGAAGGGAGUUUUCCAAGAAUGGGAAACACAACCUCAAACUGAAAGGUCAGCGUCUCACCAGGAUUUUUUUGGAGGAAAAACAGCCAUUGAAAUACAAAAAGAAAGGACCCGCCAUGGAGCAAAACUCUCUGACUGUGAGCAACGUGGCAAAGUCUUGAGUAAACAUUUAAACCUUAGGACACACAUGAGAAUUCAAAAUAGAGGGAACAGUUUUGAGUGUAAUCAGUAUCACAAUGGCCUUCUUAAUCUGCAAAAGAAAAACUCCGCUAGAGAGAAACUUUCUGAGUUUAAUCAGUGUGGUAAAGUCUUCAGCCGGACUCCACAUACAGUGUAUGAGAGAACCAGCGUGGCAGAAAAGACUUUUGAAUGCAAUGACUGCGGGAAAACAUUCAUUAGUCGUUCACACCUUCAGGCACAUAGGAAAACUCACGGUGGAAGAGAGUUCAAUGAAUGGAAGCAAUUUAUAAAAGCUUCCGUUUUCUCAGCAGGACAGAAUGAGCAUGUGCAGACACACGCUGCUCAAGAACUCCAUGAAUGUAAACAAUGUGGGAAGUCUUAUGCAGAUUCCAAGUGCCUCAAUAAUCAUAUCAUUCGACUUCACACUGGAAGAAAACCCUUUGAAUGUAGUGAAUGUAGGAAAGCCUUCGCUACAUCCUCACGCCUUUAUGUGCAUUUGAGAAUUCACACUGGAGAGAAGCCCUAUCGAUGUAAAGAAUGUGGGAAACACUUCCAGUGGCCCUCACUCCUUCGUAAACAUGUUCGUACUCACAGUGGCGAGAAGCCCUAUAAAUGUAAGGAAUGUGGAAAAGCUGUCAGUCGUUCUUCAGUUCUUAAUGAACAUUUGAGAAUUCACACUGGAGAGAAGCCCUAUAAGUGUAAGGAAUGUGGGAAACACUUCGCUUGGCUGUCAGUCCUUCGUAAACAUGUUCAAACUCACAGUGGUGAGAAGCCCUAUAAAUGUAAGGAAUGUGGGAAAGCCCUCAGUAGUUCCUCAAUUCUUAAUGAACACUUGAGAAUUCACACUGGAGAGAAGCCCUAUAAAUGUAAGGAAUGUGGGAAAGCCUUUACUAAUUCCUCACGACUUAGUGUACAUUUGAGAAUUCACACCGGAGAGAAACCCUAUCAAUGUAAGGAAUGUGGGAAAGCUUUUGUUUGGCCCUCAGUCCUUAAAAAACAUCUACGAACUCACAGUGGAGAGAAGCCCUUUGAAUGUGGUGAAUGUGAGAAAGCCUUCAGUAAUUCCUCAUAUCUUAAUGAACGUUUGAGACCUCCUACUGGAGAGAAAACCUUUCAAUGUGGUGAAUGUGGGGAAGCCUUUCGGACUUUCUUAUAUUUUAAUAGCCAUUUAAGAAAUCACUCUCGAGAGUAGCCCUAUGAACGGAAGUACUGUGGGAAAGCUUUCACUAGUGCUGUCCUCCUGAUUUGACAUUUAAGUAUUUGCACUGGAGAGAAACCCUAUUAAUGUAAGGAAUAUGAGAAAGGCUUCACUUGGUUUUCCAUGCUUCAUAAACAUAUACAAAUUCAAAGUAGACAGAGACCCUGUAAGUGUACGGACUAUGGGAAAGCCUUCACUACUUGCACAUUUGAAGUCACACUAGAGAUAAACGCUAUGAAUGUAAACACUGAGGGAAAACCUUCUCUGUUUCCUCAAGCCAAACUCAACAUGGAAAAAAUUGAUACCGGAGAGCAACCCCUUGAACGUAAGGAAUGUGAGAAAGGCUUCACAUUGUAGUCGUGAGUUAACACCUAAAAAUGCACAAUAGGGGGCGCCUGGGUGGCAUAGCGGUUAAGCGUCUGCCUUCGGCUCAGGGCGUGAUCCCGGCGUUGUGGG